AUGGGGAUAUCAGAUGCACCUGCAGAGGCAAUGCAGAACUCUACCCCUAUCACUGCCUAUCGCAUGAACCUGGGAGAGUACCAGCUCUCCAACCCCCCGCCCCCGACUCGGAUCCCGUCCCCCAUGCGUCGCAUUGUCAGGCAUUCCGACUACAACCCAAGCAUACUCGUCCUCAAUGUUGCCCUGGUGCAGCUGACGGAACCUAUCAACUUCACGGGCACCAUCCGCCCCAUCUCCCUGACGGGUUCCUCCACCCAGUUCCCAGCAGGGGAAAAGUGCUGGGUCACUGGCUGGGGCCACAUCGGAUGGGGGUGUGGAGAUGUGCUUCUGCCGCCCCGGACACUUCAGCAGCUGCAGGUUUCUCUCUUCGAUGUGUCGACCUGCGAAAAGCUCAUAGGGAGAUGCAAACGUUGGAACCAACCCACAAGGCUGUGCGCUAGGGCCCAAGAUGCUCGUAGUGGCCCCUGCAAGGGUGACUCUGGGGGGCCUCUGGUCUGUCCAGAGGGAAACAGCUUCAUCUUGGCUGGGAUCGUCAGCUGGGGGAUUAACUGCACAGCCUUCCCACCCCCCCACCCAGGCGUGUACUCCCGGGUUUCGGUCUAUGCCGAGUGGAUCCAGGAGGUUACAGGCAGCGCUGGCCCCUCUGCCUUCUCUCCUGCUGUACUCAGCGCCGGUACUACCCCACUGGGGUCCCUCAGCAAUGGCUUAGUCUGCUCAUGCCUAGCACUGGCUCUGAUUGCACCGCUCCUUGCUGGGCUCCUGCUGCCAGCCCUGUGA